AAAGAACAAGGUUAUCAAAAUGUGUCCUCGCUGGCCAUUCCCUCUCCAGUGGGCAGCUGCAAUCCUCUUGAUCCUUUUUGUAAACCACGCGCUGUCCUCGUCCUCUGUUCAAGCAAGGGUGAUCUCAGGCGGCGUCUGCAUUGCAAGAGAGCGGGAGGCGCUCAUCUCCUUCAAGGAGGGCUUCCUUGACCCUGCUGGCCGUCUCUCAUCAUGGCAAGGUGAAGACUGCUGUCAAUGGAAGGGAAUCGGGUGCGAUAACCGAACCAGCCAUGUUGUCAAACUUGACCUCCAUACCAAUUGGAUCGUGCUGCGAGGUGAGAUGAGCUCUUCCAUUACUGUCUUACACCAUCUGAGGUACUUGGAUCUCAGCUUCAAUGACUUCAAUGGCACAAAGAUACCUGCGUUUCUGGGUACCCUCAGCAACCUAAGGUAUCUCAACCUCUCAAGUGCUGAUUUUGGUUUUGGGGGGAGUAUACCUUUACAACUUGGUAACCUUUCUCGCUUGAAGUAUCUUGAUCUUAGCAAUCUUGACUUUCAGUCAGAUCUUACAUGGUUGCCAAAUCUCUCUUCACUAGAGAGUCUUGCUAUGAGCAAUUUGGACCUCAGUCCUGCAACUGAUUGGGUGCACAAGGUUAACAUGCUGCCGAAUCUGAAAACCCUUGACCUGUCAGGUUGUUUAAAUAGCAGCGCUUUAUCUACUCUGUUCCAUUCUAACCUGACGCAACUUGAGAUCCUUGAUUUGUCCUACAGUUCAUUUAACUCUUUGCUCCAACACAACUGGUUUUGGGGUAUCACUACCAUCAAGGAGCUCAUUCUCAGUGAUUGUGGAUGGUCUGGGCCCAUCCCUGGUGCAUUAGGAAACAUGUCCUCUCUUGAGGUCUUAUAUUUAGAUGGAAAUUCUCUAUCAGGCAUCGUGCCAACAACCUUGAAAAAUCUAUGCAAUUUGCAAUUACUCUAUUUAGAAGAGAACAACAUCAAUGGGGAUAUAUUGGGGAGAUUACCACAAUGUUCGUGGAGCAAGUUGCGGGAACUACACUUGCGGAGUGCAAAUUUGACUGGGGAGCUGCCAGUUUGGAUAGGAAAUCUAACUAGUCUCACAUACCUUGACAUAUCUCAGAACAUGGUAGUUGGUUCGGUGCCUUUUGGGAUUGCAAACAUGAGGAGUCUAAGUUUUCUUGACCUCUCUCAGAACAUGCUGAUUGGUGAGGUACCUAAUGGGAUUGGAUCUCUUAGUAACUUGAGUUACUUGAGCCUUGGCUUGAAUAACUUCAGCGGUGUGCUUUCAGAAUAUUAUUUUGUUGGUCUGGCGAAGCUUGAGUAUCUAAACCUUUCUCAAAACUCACUGAAAUUGGAUUUUGCUGAAGAUUGGGUUCCUCCGUUCAGAUUAACGGAAGGGCAUUUUGGGUCGUGUGACAUGGGGCCUCAGUUUCCUGCAUGGUUGAGGUGGCAGACUGGCAUACGCGCCCUUGACAUUUCAAAUGCAAGGAUAAAUGAUGUGUUGCCACUCUGGUUCUGGGUUGUGUUUUCUAAUGCUUCUAGCUUGUACUUGUCGAGAAAUCAACUAAGUGGUGGUCUACCAGCAAAGUUGGAGUUGCCGUUCCUAGAAGAAAUGGACAUCUCUAGAAAUUCUUUAUCAGGGCAGCUACCAGCGAACCUCACAGCUCCCGGGCUAAUGAGUCUGCUUUUUUACAACAACAAUUUCACAGGCGCCAUCCCAACAUAUGUAUGUCAUGAUUAUUUAUUGGAAAUAAACCUGUCAAACAAUCAACUAACUGGCGAUUUUCCACAAUGUUCGGAAGACUUUCCUCCAUCGCAAAUGGUAGACUUGAAAAAUAACAAUCUUUCUGGUGAAUUCCCUCGUUUUCUUCAAAAUGCUUCAGAGUUAGGCUUUCUUGACCUUUCACAUAAUAAGUUCUCUGGAAGUGUGCCAACAUGGAUUGCAGAGAAAUUGCCUGCCCUAGAGGUGUUGAUUCUAAGAUCGAAUAUGUUUCAUGGUCACCUUCCUAUGCAAUUAACCAGGCUUAUUGGACUUCAUUAUCUGGACGUAGCACACAACAACAUAUCUGGAAGUAUAUCUUCAUUCCUAGCAAGUCUGAGAGGCAUGAAACGUUCAUAUAACACAGGUGGAAGCAAUUAUAGCAAUUAUAACUAUAGUAGUGACAGCAUAUCAACAUUCAUAAAAGAUCGAGAGCUCAACUAUACUCAUGAGCUCACUCAACAGUUAGUGUUGAUUGACUUGUCAAGUAAUGGUUUCACUGGAUACAUUCCAAAGGAACUAUCUUCACUCAAGGGACUUCGAAGUUUGAAUCUCUCUAAGAACCAGAUAAGUGGACCAAUUCCAGAUGACAUUGGUGCUCUAAGACAGUUGGAGUCCCUUGACCUAUCUUAUAAUUAUUUCACUGGCCACAUUCCCUCAACUUUAUCUGAUCUCACCUUUCUGAGUUCCCUAAACAUGUCCUACAAUGAUUUAUCCGGGAGUAUCCCCUCUGGACGACAGCUAGAAACACUCAAUGAUAUGUACAUGUAUAUCGGCAACCCUGGACUUUGUGGGCCUCCUCUUCUCAAUAAUUGCUCGCCGAAUGAAACUAAUCCAAGUGCCAAUCAGGAGCAUGAAGGUGCUAGAUCAUCUUUGUACCUCAGCAUGAGCAUGGGAUUUGUGAUGGGUCUUUGGACUGUAUUUUGCAUCAUGUUGUUCUUGAAAACAUGGAGGAUUGCUUACUUUCAGCUUUUAGACCAGUUAUACGACAAGGUAUAUGUGCAACUGUCUAUCUGCAAGGCUGCCUUUCUGAGGAAAUGUGGAAACAAAGAUAUUUGAAUGUUCUUUUCCACCGUUCAAUCCAUGAAACCUUUUAUAUAGUAGUAUUUCCCUAUUGUUUUUCUGUUGUGCGUCCUGUAACAAUAAGCUGAAGUAUGUCGGUCUUGUAAGCAGUAAGCGAGCAGCUGCUCUGCUAAUGUGACUAUAGAUAAUCUUCAGUCGUGUACUUCGUCAGAUGUAGCGUGACAUUCGAUAUUGUACUGUGAUUUCUUUUGUAGUGUUAGAUAUCAUGUUUCCAGUUGAUAGUUGUACACUUGUUUAAACAACUGCCUAGU